CCCCGUUCGUUGUUAAUUUCAACGUUGUCGGAGAUCGAGCGACAUGCCCGACCUUUGUUAUCAAAACCGCCGAAGCGCUGUUUAUUGUAUUGAGCAGUGACUGACCCAAUAAUGUGCCCGACUCGAUCGAAAGUCAUGCUACGUGCGAAAAAACUCGAAAAAGUCUAGUGUUCCGUGUAAAAUUCACGCUCCGACGAAAUUGAAUUGGUGAAAGGGGAAAUCCAAUAAUUAUAAUAUCGAUUUGUUAGUACCGCAGCAAUGGAGCUAUUGUGUGUCAUCUUUCUGUGCGUCGCUUUUAUCCCGGGCAAACACGAAUCGGCACCAGUCCCUUCGAAAGGGAACGGCACUUCGGUGUCGUUGUCCGCGAUGGAUUUUAUGAAAAAAUAUGGCUACCUAGAAGGGGGUACCGCUGAUUCGGACGCGCUUUACAAGGAAAGCGCUAUAACGGAAGCAGUGAAAACUUUACAGAAAUUCGGCAAUAUUCCAGUUACAGGACAACUGGACAACGCUACGCUGAAGCUGAUGGCAGCUCCACGAUGCGGCGUCGUCGACAUCUUAAGGAAGAAGGAAGAUCAGCAGGAUCAGCAGAUUAUAGAAAAAGAGACAAUAGGUGUUAACGAGUAAUCGCGUAUUAGAUGCGUAGCAGCUGCAGAGGAAAGAAGGAAAUAAUUACACAUUAUUAAGUGCGUUCUCAUUAGACCCAGCGUCGUCAAUUGGACGUGAGAGCUGGCAGCAGUACCAGUUCUAAACUGGUAUAGAAAAUUCAAACAGUUUUCAGUACACGAAGUCAAACGUAGAAUUUGUAAAAUAAACAUAUUUCUAAUAAGAGGAAAAGCACCUGCCAUACGACUUUUACUUCGAUCUAUAUUUAUUCACAGACGAACGCUAACGUUCUUCGAAAUUCAGAUUCUUGUCGGGUGAAGGUCGUUUCAGAGCGUUUACAUCCAACCACUUUAUUAAAAUACAAGAGGGUACAACGUUUUUUCAAAUAUAUGUCAAACGAAAAAUAAUACGAUAGGCAACAGAACAUAGAUGAAUGCUGAAUGCGUGAUACAGCCAGAAGUUUGAGACAUUGUUAGCGAGUUGACAUUUCCUUCUGAAGAUGGUUCGCGGGAUUUAUUUGUUGCUGGAAGAGGUCUCUCCAUCGAGCAGGCGGUAUUCUUUAUGGCCUCCCGCACGGAACCUUUGAGGAUCCGGAAGUUAUAGUCGUCGGGGUUCAAAUGGGAAUACAUGAAACUCGGUAAACGAUCCGAGAGAACCCAAAUUUGCCCCUCUCGAUCGAUCUGUAACGGAAACGUGUACACAUAUAUAUAAUUUUAAACUUUUGGAACAUUGAAUAAAUGAAAUAAAAAUCUUGUAUAUAGCUUCAGAAUUACUUGCGAUCACGUGUUGCUAUUGAUCUAUUACAAUACAAAUUAAACUAUGAAAUCUUAACGAGAUUAUAAAUUUCAAUAAAAUAUACAGGAUUAUUUACUGAAUUUUUGUAUUUCACUUAAUUUUACCUGAAAUAUAUACUUACUUUCAAAACUGUUAUUUUAUCUAAUCGCUUUUUAUACAUGCAAUACAUAAAUAAUAGUUAAAUAUAAAAGAAUAUAUAAUAAUUUAAAAUAUACAAAACAAACUAACGAUUUCUAAAGAAUCUCACGUAUAACCCUGAAGUUUUAUUGCUAUCAAUGAAGUGUUUUAAGCGUAAAUAUUUCAAUAAUCCUAGAUAACCAGAAAUUACCUUUAAGUCAUUAGGGAAAACCAUUGUAAUGUUAUUCAUAUAGAUAAGCUCCUGUUGUUGCAUCGCGAACAUGUUUUGAGGUUUCCAGCAAGCAAUGGCGUUCAGGUUUGUCAAAGCGUAAAACAGAACUCCGGUGUCCUGAUCCAAAAAGCUAACACUGCUUUGACCAUUGUGGUCACGAGAUCCGAGAGCGUGAAUUUGAUUGAAACUUUCUGUAAAAUUAAAAUUGAUCACAUUAUAAAAUAUGAACUAUGUAUAAGAAAAUAAAUUUAUGGUCUUUAUUGAUUAUGAGAAAAAAAGGAUUAUUGUUAUUGUCAUUUUAAUACUUUACAUAUUGAACUUACUGAAAUUAUAUGUUAAAGAGGAAUUAUCGAUC